AUGACAAGUAAAGCCUUCAUGAUCGGCACUUCUCUCCUCAUCGGCGCUCUAACAACCGCCAUCGGGUUCUAUCUGUACUCUUACGCACAGGAGCCAAUAUCGCCACCGUUAGUGCUGGACAUUGACUUCGAAGGCGAUCUACCGCCGACUGGUACUAGUUUGCGAGUAGGGCCGGGGAGUGUACUUCCUCAGAUCAUCACGGCGCCUACACCCGAGCUAGAUCCAGAGGUGCCUCCAACGCCGGAAGCGACCCCGCCCCCGGCGCCCACCUCACCGUCUUCGCCUCCAGUACCAAAGAACAUCUGGCCUCCAGGCUCCAAGCUAGAAAGAAGGCUCGCCAGAACGUUUGGGGCAAAAUACGAAGAAGGGGAUGUCUUUGAUUGGAAGAGAUUCCAUACCGUAGUCUUUCUCAGCGAGAGUAAGCUCACCAACUCGGUCGCUCGGACUCCAGAGCCCGCCAACGCACAAGACGCAUACGACUAUCUCACGGGCAAAGAUUCUCCCUUCCUCAACAAAAGGGCAGACGGGAAAGUCGUUGACAUGCUGUUGGUGUUGCUAAACGAUAGGGAUAGGGAUAUGGGGGAUGAGUUUCCGCUGAUGGAGACGACCAAGUUCUAUCUCCGAUGGGGAAAGCUCCAUUAUUGA